AUGGCGGAUCCCGGGCGCCUGGAGCGGCUGGAGCGGCGCGUGCGGGAGCUGGAGGAAGAGCUGGGCCGGGAGAAGCGUGGGCGGGGAGCGGCGCGGGCCCGCAUCGACACCAUGAGCGCCGAGGUGACCGACUCCAACCCGUACAGUCGCUUGAUGGCGUUAAAAAGAAUGGGAAUUGUCAAAGACUAUGAGAAAAUCCGUACCUUCACAGUUGCAGUAGUAGGUGUAGGGGGCGUUGGCAGUGUGACUGCUGAAAUGCUGACAAGGUGUGGCAUUGGUAAGCUGCUUUUGUUUGACUAUGACAAAGUAGAACUGGCAAACAUGAACAGACUCUUCUUCCAACCUCAUCAAGCUGGAUUAAGUAAAGUGCAAGCAGCAGAACAUACUUUGAGGGAAAUUAAUCCUGAUGUUCGGUUUGAAGUACAUAACUACAACAUCACAACACUGGACAACUUUGAGCACUUCAUGGAUAGAAUAAGUAAUGGUGCACUAGAGGAAGGGAAGCCUGUGGAUCUUGUUCUAAGCUGCGUGGACAACUUUGAAGCUCGCAUGGCAAUUAACACGGCCUGCAAUGAACUUGGGCAAAUCUGGAUGGAGUCUGGAGUGAGUGAAAAUGCAGUGUCAGGGCACAUCCAGCUGAUCAUACCUGGUGAAUCCGCUUGUUUUGCGUGUGCUCCUCCACUGGUAGUAGCUGCAAAUAUUGAUGAGAAGACAUUGAAACGAGAAGGAGUUUGUGCAGCCAGUCUUCCUACAACUAUGGGUGUUGUGGCAGGAAUGCUUGUACAAAAUGUUCUCAAAUACCUGUUAAAUUUUGGUACUGUGAGUUAUUAUCUUGGUUACAAUGCGAUGCAGGAUUUCUUCCCAACUAUGUCUAUGAAACCAAACCCCCAGUGUAGUGACCACAAUUGCAGAAAACAGCAAGAAAAUUAUAAGAAAAAAGAAGCUGCAAGACCAAAAGAAGAAGUAAUUGAAAAGGAAGAAGAAAUAGUACAUGAAGACAACGACUGGGGCAUUGAAUUAGUAUCUGAAAUUUCAGAAGAUGAGCUAAAGGCUGCAUCUGGCCCGGUACCUGAGCUUCCUGAAGGAAUUAGUGUAGCAUAUACUAUCCCAGACAAGGAAGAGAAUUUAAUAACUGGGGAGACAGUAGCAGAAUCUGAAGAAAGCCUAGAAGAACUCAUGGCCAAAAUGAGAAACAUGUAGAAAAACAAAUAUUAAGUACAACUUCCAUGAGUUUGGAUGGACAUUGGACUAUUGGAAGACCAGACUUCUUUUUUCUUUUUUUUUUUUUUUUACUUCCAUUUAAGUUCACCUUAACUUUUCUGAUGAAACACAACUGUUACAGGGGCAGGAAGGACACAAACUUACAUUGUUUAUAUUCUGUUUUCUCAUCAUGUCUUUAUUAACAGAUAGAGUUGUGCUACUGUAAAUUUUAGUUUCUCAGCACUGCCAGUGUCCUGAUAUUCAGUGGCAAAUAAAAGCACCUGGAUAAACUGAAAAAGCAGGAGAAUAGCACAUAGAACAGGGUAAAGGAAAGAUGAAAUCUGCUGGAAUGGACUGAGUAGGUGAAGGGCAAAUGGUAAUAUUACUGCUCCUGAUUUUCCAGGCACUUGUACUUGGUUGUCAUUCACUAGUCUGAUAUUUUGGCAUGGAUCAUCCUGUAGCUACUUUUUCUGAGUAACGAGAACAUCUAAGCCUUUUCAUCUGCCUUAAAUAUCCCUGUGAUGGAAUUUUCUUUAUCAGUAUCUUACUACUGCUUUUCCUUAUACAGCUGCCUAUGUUUUGUAUGUGAAGUUUUGAGAAUACUGUAAGAAGGUAAAGUCUUUUGUUAGUAUUACAUUACCAUGUAUAUCAGUGUGCCACUGUUUUGUUUGGCAGAUGCUUUUCAUGACAAAAUUAUGAACAACAUUGGAAAAAAUGUAGAUUUUUGUCUACCUUUUCAGAAGUCUAAAUAUUUUAUUUUUGUUGGUUACUGGAAGUUUAGCUGUAAUUCUGAUCACUCCCAAUCGUAUGGGCUACGAUGUUUGAGUUUGCUUAGAAAGUCUUCUAAAAUUAGACACUAUGAAUUUUUAGUUUUGCAAAUAUCUUAAUUGGAGUAGAGCUCACCUGUUGUAUUUGUCUCAUAAACAACAUUAGUAAGUCUAUAACGUUUUAAAUGGCCACUUGUUAAACUGACCUGUAAAUGUUUGCAUCCUGGAGCGCCAGUACCCUGCAGAACUGGAAGAAUCAACUUCAAAUAUUUUAACUGCAGUGGGCAUCUUAUCCAGAACUUUGUAACUAUCUCAGCCUUAGCAGUAUAAUACAAAUAUUUCCAAGCUGGGCUCUUCAAAAAUCUUUUCCACAAUGUGAUGGAGCCAACACAGAGCUAGCUAGUAAUGGUAGUAGUAGUAUCCCACUAAAAUGUAAAGAGAGACCAAUACUAAGGUGGUGCUUCUUUUCUUAGGGCAGCUGAAUGAAUACCUGUUAGAGUAAUAAUUAGUUUACAAAAUGUUUCAUUUUAAGGAAUGGUUACAAAAUUCAAAAUCAGUUUCCCCCACAGGUAACAUCAAAUUAUAUUAUACACAGAAAAAUAAUUUCUGAAACCAGUGAGGUUUUGCGUGCAUUUUGAAUGCGGGGCAUUAUAUGUAAAAUUGAAGUGGCUUUUUUGGACUGAGUUCUGUUUUGGAGAAACCAGGUUUUAGAAAUGAGCUGUAAAGAAAGAUAGGAAAGUAUCUACCUUUAGAAAGGUAGAUACUUGAAUCUGUGUCACUAAGUCUACCUUAGCUUGGUCAAUGUAUGUGCUACUUAUAUUCCCCUGUGACUUUCACCUUUCUGUUGGGAACAAUAAAAGUCAGGCACACAGCUGGCUCUGGAGAGGCAAAUGGCUGACCCAUUUCUACAACAGCUCAGUUCAUCCUGACUCUUAACUAUUUGGUUGACAUGACUGCUAUCACAGGCUUGACAGCUUUAUAAGAGGCAACUUCAGGUACACUUACAUGAGGGAAUUAAUACACUUUUGUAUGCCCUGUUAGAGAGUGCACAGAAUGGUUCCUGUGUUUCUUUUAGACUUUUGACUUGUAUAUACAAGAACUUGAAAUAAUCAGGAAAUAUACAAAGGUUGAUUGUAUGUGUCAAUGGUUAAAAUUAUUUAAAAAUAAACAGCAUCUAAGAAA